AAGUAAAGUGUGUUGUCAGACAAAUUUUAUAGAACAUUUUCAAAAACUUUAAUCAUGAUUGAAAAUGAAAUUAGGAAAAUUUGUAGUUAUUACAAACUGCCUGCUGGAAAGUUAAGCUACAAUGAACAUAAUGUAAUUCAAAUGACAACGGCGGCUGAAAAGAUUAUUGGUUUUUCGACUAUAAUAAAUUAUUUUCAUCAAAUUAUCGAUAAGGAAAAUAAAACAUCUGAAGGCUUCUUUCUUACCAAGCAGUUUUUUGAUUAUGCUAAUAUUUUUAUAAGAAGUACAUCGAAGAGAGAUAAAUUUGUUGCUUGUUCGGAGCUGAAUUCUUAUCUUGAAACAAGAUCGUAUUUAGUAGGACAAAGCAUCUCUCUUGCUGAUCUGGUGGUAUAUUAUGCUAUCAGUGACAUAAUGCGACAACUAACACCUCUUGAAAAGGAGCAACACUUGAAUCUUUCCCGUUGGUUUGACCAUUUACAGCAACAAGGAAAAAUUCGACAGGACACACCACUUGUUAACUUUUCGAGUACUUAUCUUUUGCGUAGAAGUUUAUCAAAAAUGUCUGCUAUUAAAUAUUUGAAUCAAGUAGAGGCAACAAACAUUGAUUUAGAGUUGUUUAACGAAUAUAAAUUUUCUGUCGAUCAACUGAUGGAACUGGCUGGAUUAAGUUGUGCACAUGCAAUAGCAAAAGAAUUUCAAAUUAAAAAUGGGAAUAAUGAAAUAUUAGUUGUUGCAGGUCCAGGCAACAAUGGUGGUGAUGCUUUGGUUCUUGCACGACAUUUAUCUUUGAUGAAAUUUAAUCCAAGCAUUUAUUACCCAAAAAGAGUCGACAAACCACUUUUCAAUAAUCUAGUUACUCAAUGUACAUUGAUGGAUAUCCCAUUCUUGGACAAAUGCCCCGAUAUUUUAACUGCCACCAAAUAUCUUCUUAUUGCUGAUGGUCUUUUUGGAUUCAGCUUUAAACCGCCUGUUCGAGAUACAUUCAAAGACGUUAUGAAUCUUAUGGUGAACACAGACGUUCCAUUAGUUUCUAUUGAUAUCCCCAGUGGAUGGAAUGUAGAAAACGGACCUGAAGGAGAUGAAACGAUUAAGCCUUAUAUGAUGAUAUCAUUGACUGCUCCUAAACUCUGUGCUAAGCAUUUUAAUGGAAUCCAUUAUUUGGGAGGAAGGUUUGUUCCAGAAAGAUUAGCUCAAAAAUAUCAAUUAAAUUUGCCUGAAUAUCCGGGAACGGAAAUUUAAGCUAAUGAUACAACUGGUAAACUUCAGAAUCAUUUGAAACUACUGAAGAACGAGUAUUCAAAGUUACAGAAAAGUUAUGCAGAAUUGCAAAGAAAGUUUGAUGACUUGCAGGCGAAGUCUACCAAUGAUCCAGCUGGUGAUAAUUCUAGUUUUAACUCAAGAUUAGUAAUGCUAGUUGCUUCACUUUAUGGUCGCAAAACAUAUUCAGAUUUAACAAUCAAACUCAAAGAAAAGUCCCUUCCAGCUCAUAAAUUUGUUCUUCAAGCCAGAUCUGAAGAAUGGCGAGAAGAAACAUUAAGUGAUGUUAAUGAGCUUGAUUGGUCCGAUCUUGAUAUCGAUGCUGGUUACGCCUUAUUGCGAUGGGUUUAUACAGAUAUAGUUGAUUUGCAACAACAAGAUUCACUGUCGAUGAGUCUUUUACGAGCUGCUCAUAAGUUCAAACUUAGUGGAUUAAUGGGUCUUUGCGAGCGUGCUCUUGUUUCAUCAGUAAAUGUUCGUUCAUGUGUUUCCUUUUAUUGUGUCGCUGAAGAAGUUGGUGCUGCUAAUCUUCUGGAGUAUUGUUCAUCUCUUAUUUCAAUUCAUUGGGAUGAAUUAUUACCACAAGAUUUCAUUCACAUGUCUGGUGCUUUGCUUUACAAAAUGCUCAAAACGAAAACGAAACAUCCCCUUCAUUCAGCUGUAAGACUCAGACGAGAGGAUGUUGUGUUUCUUUGUCUGGUUGAAAACGACGGAACGGAUAUCGUUAAUAGUUUAUCACCUCAAGGUCAUCUGCCUUUGGGACUUGCUCUAAUUGAACAACAUACAGCAAUAGCUAAUACACUCGUUCAACAUGGUGCUGAUGUUAAUGCAAGAAACUCUGAAGGUGCGACUUUACUUAUUGAUGCAGUAAAGCGAGGUGAUGGAUUUGCGGCAAAUUUUUUAUUGGAGAAAAAUUGCGAUGCUAACUCAACGACGGAAGGAAGCGAAGAUACAGCACUUCAUUACAUUUGCACUUAUUCAAAAGAAACUUCUGAUCCCGAGACGUACAAAGCGCUUAUGGAUAUUGGACGCAAAAUGUUAGCGAUCAAAGUCGAUGUUAAUAAACAAAACAGUAAAGGAUAUUCGGCACUUUUACUCGCGAUUAGUUGUGGCCAUAUUGAAAUGGUUAAUGAAUUAUUGAAAGUUCCAGAAACUGACUUGAAUCUUAUCACAAAUGAUGGCAAAUGUGCCUUACAUUUCGCCUUGUUAUCAUCAAAAUUCGAAGAUUUUACAAUCGCUAAGCAAAUCAUUCAAAAUGGUGCUGAAACAAACGAAAUUGACCAAUCAACCGGUGAUAACUUAUUACAAUUCCUUAUUAAAUCGCAGGCUGAAGAUGCUGCAAUGUUCAUGACCGAUUAUGUGAAUUUGAACUUCAAAAAUCGUGAAGGUUUAACAUCAAUUCAUCUUGCAGCACAAAAAGGACUUGCAAAGCUUGUAACGAAGAUGUUGAUAUGUGGAGCAUCACCAAACGUUCAAUCAGGUUUUGAAGAUCAAAAGACAGCUUUACAUUAUGCAAUCGAAUGUAACUCACAAGAAGUUGUUCAAGCAAUAGUUGACUUUAAAACAUUAGCAAGAGAUGAAGACGAGAAACCUGAUUUUAACAUCAAAUCAACGUCUGGUGACUCUCCUUUAAGUUUAGCAAUGAGUCUUCGACAUAAUGAACUAGUGCCACUUUUAAUCAAAGGUGGUGCCGAUGUAAAUGCAAGAAAUGGUCAAGACUUGACACUACUUCAUCAAGCAAUCAUCAAAGAGUCUCCAGAAACUGCAAUAUUUCUUCUGGAACAAGGUGCGGAUAUGAAUGCAUUAACAGCUGAUCAAGAGUCUCCAUUACAGCUUGCAAUUCAUUGUCGAUUGGAAGAUGUUGUUGAUGCUUUAUGUGUUCGUGGUGUUGCAUUGUCAGCGCCAAAUAAUAAAGGCGACUGUCCACUUUGGUGUGCACUUGAAUCUGAACAAGAAAACAUCGCGAGUGUUCUUGUUAAACAUGGAGUUGACACUGAUUGUUGGUCACCAGGUCCCGAUGGAUGUCUUCAAACACUUCUUCAUCGUGCAAUUGAUGAAAAUAAUGAAUUUACUGCUGUUUUCUUAAUAAGAAGCGGUUGUGAUUUGGAUUCGCCACGUCAACCGGGUCUUGAUGGUCCAACUGAGACUUCAUCCACCAAAGAGUCGCCGCUUCAUUUAUGUUGUCAAUGGGGACUUACAAGAGUCCUUCAAACACUCAUUGAACAUGGUGCCAACGUCAAUUCUAUUGAUUGUGACAACAGAACACCAUUGCACGUUGCAAUUCAAAAUCAACAUGAAGAAAUCAUUUCUAUUUUAUUAAAACAUCCAUCGAUUGAUCUUAAAGUAAGAGACAAAUCAGGAAACACACCAUUCGCGUCAGCAUUAACUGUAAGAAAUCAUAAAGCGGCUGAAAAGAUUCUUGAAAGAAUGCCAAAUGCUGCGGAACAAAUGGACACUCGUGGACGAAAUUUUCUUCAUUUAGCAAUCAUGAAGGAUGAUUUAGAAUCUGUUUUAUUUCUUCUCUCGAUUCAAGUUGAUGUCAAUAGUCGUGUUCACGAUGUUAAUCAAGUUACACCUUUGAUUCUUGCAGCAUCAUCAGAGAAUGAAAUGUUAAUAAGAAAUUUAAUUCUUGCUGGUGCAAGAUUGAAUGAUCGUGACGCAACACAAAAAACUGCCUUACAUAUUGCAGCAGAACGUGGAAGAUUAGGAGCAGUUCAAGCUUUGGUACAAAAUGGAUGUGACUAUGAUUCGACUGAUGCUGAUGGUAAUAAUGCACUUCAUAUAGCGAUGAGAGAAAGUAUGAUGCCAGUGGUGAAAGAACUUCUAACUGAAUCGAGAAUAAAUGCUGAACUACUCAAUGGAAAAGGUAGAAAUCCGCUUCAUGAACUUUGUCGAUGUGGUCGCGAUAAUCUUGCAGCUUCAAUCUGCGAACUUUUCAUCGAAUGCAUGCCAAAUUAUCCGAUUAAUCAUCAAGAUUUUCAAGGAAAUUCACCAUUGCUACUCGCUUAUAUGAGAGGUGAGACUCAACUUUGUCGGGUUUUGGUGAAGAGUGGAGCUUGCUUAGGAAUGGAGAAUAAAGAUGGUGUGUCUAUUUUCAAUUAUAAACUCGCAACAAAUCAAUUACUUCAUCGAUUACUUGAUGAACUAGCAGUUGAGGCACCUUGGAGUUCGUCAGAUUUUUGUCAAGAAUGUGGAACGAAAUUUACAUUAACAAUGAGAAAACAUCAUUGUCGCCAUUGUGGAAGACAAAUUUGCUCGACUUGUUCCAACAACGAUGUUCCAAUUAUCAAGUUUGGCAUAAACAAACCCGUUCGUGUUUGUCAUGUUUGCUUUAACGUUCUUCAAACUGGAAGUAAUUAAAAAAUAAUUCUUUUCGUAAUUUGUGACGCACUCAUUUAAUUUGACUGUAAUUGUAAACAAUAUUAACGUGCUAUUUUGUAUCGUGUACUCAUGAUUAUUUUAAUCAUUAGAAUUUAUUUGAUUCCAAUAAGAAUGUGCUGGAUGGAGAAUUCAUCGAUAUUGAAUCCUCAUCAUCGCACAACAAAAUAAAUGUUACACGUUUUUUUCUUGUUAUUAACGAAAUAAAUUGAAUUUAGUUUAUUCUACAUUAAACUUGUGUUUCUUUUGAAAGAUUUUCCUUUAAUUUUAUCAUUUUCAGGAAUUUUACUUCAAUCGAGUGAACAAAGUUUUGGUAACGCAAUGAUCUAACGCAUGUAAGUAAUCAAAAAGCUCCUCUUGGCAUGUUUCAGCUGUUUUUGUACGUGAAUUAACACGAUCCUGACAUGUUUGAAACUUUUCGUACAACUUAGAAGCGUGUGGUUCUUGUGAGCACUUUUCACGUAAUUCUUGUUGAGGAUCGACCAACUCCUCUUCCUCUUGAGCCUUAACUAUUGGGAAUAGCGAUUUGAAGAAUCGGAAGGCCAUUUCUGCUUGAUUUGUCCUGUUUUCAAGAAUUUUCUGCGAGAAAAUA